AGGUUUUGCCGAUUCGACCACGGAUGAAGUUCCACGAACCGAGUGAUGAUCAGAUCAUAGACCUGACCAACGAACACGAGGAGGAAGUGAUAGAACUUUCAGAUCCCUUGUGGGAGGAGGGGUUCAACGGCGACGCAGCAGAGGUCCUACCGCGAUACGAAAACUGUCUUGGGUGUAACGAUUGUGAGCCCGGCUGUAGCACCUCGCAGCAGAACGGUUGGGAUCGGACAUCUUGGGCUAGCGAGCAUAGCGCGAAUGCUGAUGAUGAGGCGGACUGGUCCAGGUCGCAGAUAAAAGCUUGGGAUCAAGCUUCCUGGUCCGGCGACAACGGAUUACCAUCGAGUGGUCAACAGACACCGAACAGUAUCCAACCUUCCGUUGACGAAAAUAACGCAUGGGAUCAAGCCUCCUGGUCCAGCUACAACGGAUUACCGGCUAGUGGUCAACAGACACCGAACAGUAUCCAGCCUUCUGUUGACGAAAAUAACGAUGAAAGCUUAGAACAGGUUGAAAAUCCUCAACUGUUUCAUGAAUUUGACAACAGAAUACUGGCUCGAAUUGAAGAGUUUAAUAACCAGCUUCAUAGCAGAUUAGACACUUUCGACCACCAACUACGGGAGUUAGACAAUCGUGUACGACAGAUUUAUGGGCAGCUUGAUACUCAUGACACCGGGCUAGAUAGACAGCGUGCAACCAUAGAGGAAAUAGCUCAUGAUUUACGGCACCAAAUUCAGACUGCAGAGAAUUCAUUCAGGCGUUUGCACGACUUAACAUUCGAGCAGAUGAGAGAAAGACGGCUAAUGUUUGAAGCCGUUUAAGCUAUGGUUUUCCCAAUAUUUUAUCCAUAGUACAAUUUUUAUAUGAUAUACAUACCAUUUUCACUCUUUUCUAUAUCCAAUGCUAUUUUUACACAUGUUUAGCUAUUUUUAUCUUCCUCCUGUUUAAGAAAUAAGCAUUAAUCUACCUCAGGUUUUACCAUUUAUUUUGUUUUCAUCUACCUCAUGUUUUACCAUUUAUUUU